CCACAGGGGGCGUGCUCUGGUUUGGACGUGCUUACAUGUGUCAACUGACGUACACGUCACUGUCCAGCUGUCUGAGUGCGCAUGCGCAGUCAGCUCCAUUCGAGGAAGUGGGUAGGAGACACAACCGCAGCGCCAGGGAGGAGAGAGUUGUUUGUUCCCCGCUCACAGAGGAGAGACCCGCCGCCUUCUUCAAAAUGUCGGAACUUGACCAGAACCCGUUCGCACAGCCCGCCGGUGACAACCCCUUCAAUGAUCCUUCUGUCACACAAGUGACGAACUCCAGUAUAGAAACAGUUGACCAGUACAACCCUUUCCCUGGCCAUCCCACAGAUGGCCUAGCGAGUAACACAACUCCAGCCGCCACCUCUCCCUACCAGCCUGCUGUGUUACAGCCGUCUACAGAGCCCAGUCCACAGGUAGUGGCUGCUGCAGCUCAGGCCAACUUGCUGAGGCAGCAGGAGGAGCUGGAGAGAAAAGCUGCUGAGCUGGACCGCAGAGAGCAGGAGCUCCAGAGCAAAGGGCCGACAGGUAAACAGAACAACUGGCCUCCACUACCCAGAAGCUUCCCCAUCAAACCCUGUUUCUAUCAGGACUUCUCAGAGGAAAUCCCUCCCGAGUAUCAGAGAGUGUGCAAGAUGAUAUAUUAUCUCUGGAUGUUAAACUGUGUGACCCUGUUCCUCAAUCUACUGGCUUGUUUGGCUUCGUUCACCACGAAUACAAGCCACGGUGUGGAUUUUGGCCUCUCUAUUCUCUGGCUCAUCCUCUUCACCCCCUGCUCCUUCCUCUGCUGGUACCGGCCCAUCUACAAGGCCUUCAAGACUGACAGCUCCUUCAGCUUCUUCUUCUUCUUCUUCGUGUUUUUCUGCCAAGCGGUGAUCUCCGUCAUCCAGGCUGUAGGUAUCCCCCAUUGGGGGAACAGCGGUUGGAUCACCGCCUUCACGGCCCUCAGCGAAAACAAGCCAGUGGGAGCCAUCAUGAUCGCAGUGGCCAUCCUCUUCACAAUGUGCGCUGUGCUAACUAUCAUCCUGCUCAAGAUGACCCACAGCUUGUACCGUCGUACUGGAGCCAGUUUCCAGAAGGCCCAGCAGGAAUUCUCACAGGGCGUCUUCACCAAUAAAACCUUCCAAACAGCCACCGCUGGUGCAGCUUCUGCCGCCGCCCAGGGAGCCUUCCAGGGAAGCAACUAAUGGUAGACCGAGCUAAGAUGAGCUCCGUUCAACAGGUCAAGGUCUAUAUCUUUUAAGGUUUACACAAUUAAACUAAACUAAUGCUGAAUCAUUGAGGGAGUUUAUGUUCACUGAGACCACCAAAGUAGCAGUGAUCAUUCCUGGAAUAUUCCUCUGGGAGCAGCUCCUGCCCUUCGGAGCAAGUGGCUGCAAAUUAUAAUUUAACCUUAUAAUGUAUAGACCUUGAGCUAUGUGAGGCUAAGUUAUCCUUUCACCAUCAACGCACAUGCAAUUCCCCAUGUUAGCUUUGCUUUUCACACUCGGUGUGUCUCCUGCAGACUGACUUGGUCCAACACUGAUUGAAGGGCAGUCAACGGGAGAGUAAAUUCACACGUGGAAAGCAGGAAUGAAGUUGACUGAUUGAUGUCUCAGUGGUUCCUGGCUUUGUAUAUUUUGUGUGCACUUUUUGGCAACGCUCUUCAGUCUAAUGUGUGUGUGUGUGUGUGUGUGUGUGCGCGCGUGUGCGUGUGUGUGCAUGUGUGUGCGUGUGUGUGGGUACUGGCAUGCUAGUCACAUACUGUAUAUUCACAUGGGUGCAGUAUGCUUGUGUUUUUUCCACGUUGAUGGCGGAACCUGAUCAUGUAAUAUAAAUAAGAUGAAGUGUUUCUGUGUGUUUGAUUUCGGUCUUGAAAAGCAUUUCUUUAUGUUUUUGAACCCAGUUGGAAAACUUUUUUUUUUUGUGUUUAUGUACUCCAAAUAUCAUUGAAACAAGUGAGACAACAGAAGAAAUAAAUCCUGUGGUUAAUCUGUGUGGCCUUACAGUUUUGGAUAACACUCUUUACUGUAACUAUUCAUUUACAUCUGGAAUGAUUAAAUAAAUAAGCAAAAAUACUAAGUAUGUUCCAGCAGCCUCCCUCAUAACUUUCAGGCUUUAAUACUUUGCCAUUAUUUUUUUUACAUGUGUCUUUGACUUCUGUCUGGAACCAAAAUUCUGCUUUUUUUAACACCCACCGUAGUAUCAUGUAAUUGGUGGAAGUGCUUUACAGUGAGUCAACUGUUAGUAAUUUAAGAUCACUAGAGUCUUAUUCUUCAUUUAAUUCAUUUAAGUGGAUGCUAAUUUAUUUUGAAUCAAAGCAAUAAACUGAUGUUUUUUUUUUCCAUUAUGAUAAUAGUAAUGUUUUUUCAAAGUAGCUUCAGUCACAUCUUCGAACAGAGGCCUUCCUUAAGAGGUGCUUCUAAGCAAACCAAGCAACACUGAGUAUGAAAAAUGGAUAUUCCCUAUAAAAUACAUAAAUUGACAUUAGUCCAUACAGAGUCGAUCGUUUGAAGUAAUUCACAUUCCUCUCAUUUGUAUCUGUAAUUAACGGAUCAUAUUUUCACGUACUUUCUAAACAUUUCAUCUCCGAAGAAUUUCAAUACACAAGUCAUCGUUAAGACCACCAAGCCCUAAAUAAUCUGAGUACUGAUGUAUUUUUUCUGCGUGAUUUCUUAUUUUGGAAUGUGUUUGACUUGAUGUACUGUUUUAAAACUUCAGCUUGGAUAUAAUAUGUCAGCUUUUCCUCAAGUUCCUAACUGCAAUCUCAAAUCAUCUGUGUGUUGUUACAACAGACGAGUGUCUAAUUUAAAGUUCAAUCUUACAUCCAUUAUAAAAUCACAGAAUUACACAUCUCUGAAAUGCAUCGUAUUAGGAGAACAGAAGUCAGUGUCUUUUGUAUUUCAAUACUGGAUAUAGCAUCUAAUAAAAUGCUUUGCUUUCA